CAAAGCCAAAUAUGAAAGAGAAAUUGACCCGGAAGAGCAGGUCGCGGGUGCUGAUUCUCCACUGACGCCGCCUCCUGAUGGUAUGAAUGGCAAACUCUACCACCUACACGAGGAGUGCCUGCUGGAAAUACACCUUGACCUUGACCGUUUCUCUGCAUCCACACCUGACCUG